CCAAAUUAUAGUGUAUGAGGUGCAAAUUAAGGGGCACAAUUCUUGCAGCAUAUAUAAAUCAACACUUGUUUCUUUUUUUCUUGUCUUUGUAUUUUAAGAUAUCACUAAGUCUCAUACAGAAGAGGUCUCACUGCAUUUUAAAAGAAUAUGGCGCAGGGACUGUGUGUAGACCAUAAUGUUUAACCAUUGUACAGUAACUGUUAUAUAACAAGGUACAAGGUAGUUUAUCAUUAUACAGCACAAGGUUGUAUAAAAAAGAAAGUUUGUAUUCCCUUAAUUCUACACACACACAAUUAAACCUAAUUAAAUGUGGAUUAAAAUAUGGUAACAUAUAAAAUAAAUUUAAUAAAACAAUAUAUACUACAGUUAAUUAUAUACAUAGACGUUGGCAUACAUACAUAACAUUAGACAGUUCAUUUUUUGAAUUUGCAUCGGGGGUGAAUGUAAACAGCAGCAUUAAGAAGAUAAUAUGGUUUCAUCUUCACAUAAAAAAGUCUGACAUUUGGGCAAUGUCCAUUUUCACACUGCAACACUGGCUCAUUGCACUGUGAGGGUUAUGCUUCUCUUUCUAAGAAUCUCUUGUUACAUCUGUCUUGAGGGUGGGACAAAAGAAACCAGGAAGUAUUUUAUACUUUCCCUGGUCUGCUUUGUUUUGUUUGGGUUUUAACUAUCUGGCGAGAGAAUUUGUUGACAUGAGUGCCAGGAAAGUUUUCACUACAGCACCGUAUUUGAAGAUGUUUUUGUCAUGUGCUACCGUCGUCUCUGUUUUGGCUGUCAUUAUUCCAGCUGCCUGCGGUGGGAACGUUCUGGUAUUUCCACAUGACGGCAGCCACUGGGUGAACAUGAGGGUACUUGUUGAAGAGCUGCAUUCAAGGGGACACGCUGUGACUGUCAUUCGGGUUGCAGACAGCUGGUACAUCAGUGAAACAUCUCCACAUUACAAGACUGUUACAGUGGAUGUUGCCGGCGGUGCAAAUGAGGAUUUUUUUCGUCUCUUUGUCUCUGAAGUUAUAAAAAUUAAACGCAGCAAGGGGUCUGUGUGGGCCCGUUUUGCUUUAGACAUGGAGUUAAAAGACAAGUUCUAUGAAUUGCACAGGAAAGUCUGUGAAGUGGUCGUGUACAUGCUUGAAAAUAAAGAGUUAAUGAAGUCCUUUCAAGACGCCAAGUACGAUGCUGUUUUGACGGACCCUGCAAACGGAGGAGGAGUAAUCCUGGCUCACUACCUCGGGUUGCCGUUAGUUUUUAAUGCUAGAUGGACUGUUCAUGGCGAAGCCCACUUUGCUGUUGCGCCCUCUCCACUUUCCUACGUCCCACUUCCACCUUCAGAAUUAACAGAUCAAAUGACUUUCUUUGAGAGGGUCAAAAACGUGGUUUUUUAUACAAUGAGGAUGCAUCUGUACAAGCAGGUAGUUGGGCCACAUUAUUCUGCAUUGUGCAGCCGCUAUAUUGGCCCAGAUGUGGACUACUUCUCCCUGUUUCAAGCUGCAGACCUGUGGCUCAUGAGAGUGGACUUUGUGUUUGAGUUCCCUCGUCCCACAAUGCCCAAUAUCGUCUAUAUGGGAGGGUUCCAGUGUAAACCUGCAAAACCUCUGCCUCAACAUCUGGAAGAGUUUGUGCAGAGUUCUGGAGAGGAUGGAGUCGUCAUCAUGUCUCUGGGCACUUUGAUUGGAGAUCUUGCCCAUGACCUGGCUGAUGAGAUCGCUGCAGCUUUUGCCAAAUUACCUCAAAAAGUAAUCUGGAGAUAUAAAGGUGACAGACCAGCCACUCUGGGCAACAACACUUUGCUCGUCGACUGGAUGCCACAGAAUGACCUCCUAGGACAUCCAAAUAUUAAGCUCUUUGUAAGUCAUGGAGGAACAAAUGGAAUAUAUGAGGCUAUAUAUCAUGGAGUUCCAAUCAUAGGCAUUCCCAUUGUGUUCGAUCAAGCAGACAACCUCUCCAGACUGAGAGCAAAGGGCGUUGCAAAGGUUAUAGAUGUUUCUGAAUUGGAUAGGAAAAUAUUUCAGGAUGCCCUACAGGAAGUCCUGAGUGAGCCCUCCUACACGAGGAACAUGCAGAGACUCUCCAGACUGCACAGAGAUCAGCCGAUGAAGCCACUGGAUACCGCCCUCUUCUGGAUAGAGUUUGUCAUGAGACACAAAGGUGCAGCUCACCUGAGAACAGAGUCCUACAGGCUGCCCUGGUAUUCCUACCAUUCUGUUGAUGUCAUGUUAUUUUUACUAACGAUCGCACUACUUAUUUUGCUAUGUUUUGCUUGGUUAGUAAGAUCAUGUUUUAGAUUGUGUUUGAAAAGGAAAGUGAAAUCUGACUAACCAUGAAAGAUGGAUCAAGCAUGUUCAUAUUGGUUAAUAUACAGUAUAUUACCCAUAUGACAGCCAGUCUGGCUGUGAUCAGCUGAAUACAGAUGAGAGUUUUUUGAACUGUGCUUUGAAUUGACUGCAAGUUACUAGAAGACUACUAACUGUUAAAAAUAAAUAAAUAAACUGCCAGUUUUGAAUGCUAACUUGCAAGAGUCUGAAUGCUGUAUGCAUGCAUCAGUUUAACAUUUAUUUGGUUUUAACCAAAUGAAACUGUGAAAACUCACAGCAAAUGCAAACUACCAUAAGACUAUUAGACUAACCAAUUUCAGCUCUCCUAUAUUCUGUAUAUUCCUGUAUUGGAUUGUAACAUAGGAGAAAAACCUAUUUUUCCCACCAGCAUAUGUUUGUCCUGCUGAAAGCACAGCUCUAGGUUUGUUAAAAUGAAUGUAUUUAAAAAGCGGAUCUAAAUUAGGCUUUGUUGAUACCUUUAUCAGACAGCUUUUCCCAGGCUGUUAAAGUAAAAUGCCAGAUAUAAAAAAAAAAAAAAAAA